UGUGUGCUCUUUGGAAAAGGCAACUCACCACUGCUCCAGAAGAUGAUAGGAAACAUCUUUACACAGCAGCCGAGUUGCUGCAAUGACCUAGAUGAAACCAUGCCUACCACCCUUCAGGUCUUCAGCAAUAUCCUCCAGCACUGUGGUUUGCAAGGGGAUGGGGCCAGUAGCACACCCCAGAAGCUCGAGGAGAGGGGCCGGUUGACCCCCAAUGACAUGCCUCUCCUGGAAUUAAAGGACAUUGUUCUCCACCUUUGUGACACCUGCACCACACUCUGGGCCUUUCUGGGUAUCUUCCCUUUGGCUUGCCAGACCUUCCAGAAGCACAACUUUCGUCACAGACUAGCUUCCUUCUAUGAAGCAGCAAUUCCUGAAAUGGAGUCUGCAAUUAAGAAGAGGAAGCUUGAAGAUAGCAAGCUACUAGGUGAUCUGUGGCAGAGGCUCUCCCAUUCCAGGAAGAAGCUAAUGGAGAUUUUCCACAUCAUCCUGAACCAGAUAUGCCUCCUUCCCAUCCUAGAAGGCAGCUGUGACAACACUCAGGGCUUCAUUGAAGAGUUCCUUCAGACCUUCAGCUCCUUGCUGCAGGAGAAGAGGUUCCUCUGGGACUAUGAUACACUCUUCCCUGUGGCCGAAGACAUCAGCUUGCUGCAGCAGACCUCGUCAGUCUUGGACAAGACAUGGACUGCCUACAUCCUCCAGGCAGUCGAGAGUGCAUGGGAAGGGGUGGACAGAUGGAAAGCCACAGAUGCUAAAGACCCAUCAGUGACUGAGGAGCCUAAUGGGGUCACGGUGAUGGCAGACGCAGUCAGUCAAGCAUCAUCACAUCCAGAGAACUCGGAGGAAGAGGAGUGCAUGGGAGCAGCUGCGGCUGUGGGCCUUAUCAUGUGUGGGGUGGAGCUGGACUCACUCAUCUCCCAGGUGAAGGACCUGCUGCCAGACCUUGGUGAGGGCUUCAUCCUGGCCUGCCUGGAGUACUACCACUAUGACACAGAGCAGGUGAUCAACAAUAUCCUGGAGGAGCAGAUGGCCCCCACCCUCACCCAGCUGGACCACAACCUAGGCAGAGAAAUGAAACCAGACCAGACACCCCUGCUGACAUCUCACCACAACGUCUUCCAUAAUGAUGAGUUUGACAUGUUUAGCAGGGACGCAGUAGACCUGAGGUGGGUGCACAAGGGCAAGAGCACUGGGAAGGAGGAGAACACACGGAGUUUCCUGAAUGACAAGCACACAGGCGCACAGUGGCAGUGCCAUGAGCAGUACAGCGUGGUGGUGGAGGAGGUGCUACUGCAGCCAGGUGAGAGCCUGCCCUACCACAAUGUUUACUAUGAGGAUGAGGAUGAUGACACAUACGAUGGCAACCAGGUGGACACCAACGAUGCGGAUGCAGAUGACAAACUCAUCAGCCGCAGGCCAUUCACCAUCCCUCAGGGGCUUAGAACCAAAGUGCCUAGAGAAGGGCAGGAGGAGGAGGAGGGGGACGAUGAGGAAGAGGAGGCUCCCAAGCCUGACCAUUUCAUGCAGGACCCUGCAGUGCUGAGAGAGAAGGCAGAAGCCAGGCGCAUUGCCUCUCUCGCCAAGAAAGGGUACCGGCAUGACAGCUCAACAGCAGUGGCUGGCAGCCCCAGGGGCCAUGGGCAGAGCCAUGAGACAACCUAGGAAUGCAGGAAGAAGGAAGCCAACAAGGCGACAAGAGCCAACCACAGCCGGAGAACCACGGCCAACCACAAGAAGAGCAAAGGCAUGAUCCAUCCUGAGGGCUGGUGUAAGGCCAGCGGGGAGGCAGCGGCGCCAGACUCUCCAGGCCGCGCUCCCAUCACCUGGAGCCUCCUUACCAGGUGCCCCCCUGCCAGAGCCCCAAGAUCAACUCGACCCCUCAACAGCCUCAGCUUUGCAUCCCCUGAGAAGGCCGCCUCUCAUCUACCAGCCAGCCAUGAGCGCCUUCCUGCAGAACACACAGUGCCUUAUCCCACAGAGGAAGAAUCCAUAGGGCUGGCAAACAGGCGCCUUCCCCCAGUGCGCUGGCAGGAAAGGGAUGGGGAUGGAGCCCCAAGGCAAGCACCCCAAACCUCGGUCAACAAGAUACUACUUCUCCAUUACCCUGGACAGCAGAAAACCUGUAUGUUCAAAAACAGAAAAAGGCCUGCUAAUAAAAUUUUUGACCCUUUCAAAUGAA